AUGGUGGUUGUUGAUAAAGAAGGGACCAGAAUUCAUGCUUCAGUUGGUGAACAACUCAUCAAAAAAUUCGAUGACAAGCUACGCGAGGGAGAUGCGAUUGUCCUCCAGUUGUUCAAAGUGUACGAUGCUACUGGUGAAUACCGUACGACGCCACAUCCUUACAAAAUUGGCUUCUUUCACACAACAUUUGUUGGAAUAGCUGAUGAUUUUCCAACUGCAGUUCCCGAAAAUAAUGUGAAGAUGAUGUGUACUCUGUGGGGUUGUUAUGCUAAACAAGUAUACGAUUACAAUAGGAGUAACAUGUCCACCAUGAUUAUUUGUGUGAUCAGAUUCUGUUCUGUUAAAGAGUGGAAAGGUGCUUACUCCAUAUCUAGCGGGUAUAAUUCAACUCAUAUCCUGCUCAACCCAACACUCGAUUUUAUUGAGGGGUUCAAAGCAAGUCUCCCUGAUGAUUCACUUGCUCUUACGAACAACGAUAGUAGCCAAUGGUCUGUUGGUACUGCUACUUCUAUUCGUGCCAGGUUUUUUGUUCUUAAUGAGAGGCUAACCAUCGGAGAGAUCAUUGAUAGCUCUGUGGUUGGCACUUUUGUUACUCUUGGGACCAUUAAAACAAUUGAUACUGAACGUGGCUGGCAAUAUCUAAGUUGCAAAUACCACAACAAAAAGUGA